AUGGCUCCUACGCUUCUAUGGAUUGGCCUUGGCAAUAUGGGGAGGGCAAUUAGCAAAAACAUAGUCGAGAAGGGCAAUCUCGACGGUCCUCUUCUCCUCUUUAACCGCUCAGCCCAGCGGGCCAUCGACCACAGCAACAGCCUCCCCCAGGGUAAAUCAGAAGUUGUCACAACCCUCUCUAAGGGGAUCUCGCGAGCGGACGUCAUCUUCUCGUGCGUCGCCAACGAUGAGGCCGUCCAGGAGACAUACAAGGCGAUCCUCGAAAGUGACGUCAAGGGCAAGCUCUUCAUCGAGAGCUCAACUAUCCAUCCCGAGACCACCGAGGCCCUCGCAAAGGACGUCGUGGCCAAGGGCGGCGAGUUUGUCGCCGCUCCCAUCUUUGGAACUCCCGUCAUGGCGGACGCGGGCCUCCUCAUCGGAGUGCUCGCCGGACCCGCUGCCAGUGUCACAAAGGCCAAGGUCUGGUUCAAGGGCGUUACCGCGGUGGCUGAGAUCGACAUGUCGGAUGAACCCUACAGCAAGGCUCUGAAACUCAAAGUCUUGGGCAACACUUUUAUCCUCAACAUGGUUGAGCAGCUCGCCGAGGCGCACGUUGUGGCGGAGAAGACAGGCCUGGGCACCGACGUCCUCCACCAGUUCGUCGACUCUCUAUUCGGGGGUGCGUACGCCGCCUGUAGCGCUCAGAUGCUUAGCGGCGACUACCAUAAGAAGGAGCCGUUGUUUGCUGUUGAUCUAGCACGAAAGGAUGCCAAGCAUGCACUGAGCUUGGCCAAGGAUGUUGGUGCUACUCUACACAACAUAGAGACAGUCGAUGCACAUCUGGCCCAGUUGAAGGAGCAUGCCGGACCUUCAGUAGAUAUGACUGGAAUAUAUGGAGCGGUGCGGAAGGAAGCCGGACUUAAAUAUGAGACUAACUAG